AUGGAUGCGUGUGGCUGGAAAGAAAUGGAGGUUGCCCUGGUCAAUUUUGAUAACUCAGAUGAAAUCCAGGAAGAGCCAGGCUAUGCCACAGACUUUGACCUAACCACCCCGAAAGGCCAGACUGGGAGCAGCUCCUUCUCCAACUGGAAUAUCUUCAACAACGACAGCACCAACCAUGAGACGGCCUUCUCCAAGCUCCCAGAAGACUACAUCGAUCCCCCAGGGCCUGAGGCAGAGGUCUUGAAUGAAGGAAACCAGCGGGUGAUCAUCAACAUUGCUGGGCUAAGGUUCGAGACCCAGCUCAGAACACUCAAUCAGUUCCCAGAGACCCUCCUGGGAGACUGGGAGAAAAGGAUGCAGUUCUUUGACUCCAUGAGAAAUGAGUAUUUCUUUGACAGGAACCGGCCCAGUUUUGAUGGAAUCCUAUAUUAUUACCAGUCUGGUGGGAAAAUCCGGCGCCCAGCCAGUGUCCCUAUCGACGUCUUUGCUGAUGAGAUCUCCUUCUAUGAACUGGGCAGUGAGGCCAUGGACCAGUUCCGAGAGGAUGAAGGCUUCAUCAAAGAUCCUGAAACAUUGCUCCCCACCAACGAUAUCCACCGGCAGUUCUGGCUCCUCUUCGAGUACCCUGAGAGCUCCAGCGCCGCCCGUGGUGUGGCCAUGGUCUCUGUCUUGGUCGUGGUCAUCUCCAUCACCGUCUUCUGCCUCGAGACACUUCCCGAGUUCCAAGAAGACAGGGAACUGAAGGUGGUGAGAGACUCCAGCCUCAACAAGAGCAAGACCGUCCUCUCCCACACCAUGUUCACCGACCCUUUCUUCGUGGUGGAGUCCACCUGCAUCGUGUGGUUCACCUUCGAGCUGGUGCUCCGCUUUGUGGUCUGCCCCAACAAGACCGACUUCUUCAGGAACAUCAUAAACAUCAUCGAUAUCAUCUCCAUCAUCCCCUACUUUGCAACCCUCAUCACGGAGCUGGUCCAGGAGACAGAGCCGAGCACCCAGCAGAACAUGUCCCUGGCCAUCCUGAGGGUCAUCCGCCUGGUGAGGGUCUUCCGCAUCUUCAAGCUCUCCCGCCACUCCAAGGGGCUGCAGAUCCUGGGGCAGACGCUGAAGGCUUCCAUGCGGGAGCUGGGGCUGCUCAUCUUUUUCCUUUUUAUUGGGGUCAUCCUUUUCUCCAGUGCAGUCUACUUUGCUGAGGUGGACGAGCCAGAGUCCCAUUUCUCUAGCAUUCCUGAUGGCUUCUGGUGGGCGGUGGUCACCAUGACAACUGUGGGCUAUGGGGACAUGUGCCCAACCACCCCAGGAGGGAAAAUUGUGGGUACUCUGUGUGCCAUUGCAGGGGUCCUCACCGUUGCCCUCCCUGUGCCUGUCAUUGUCUCCAACUUUAACUACUUUUACCACCGGGAGACUGAGAAUGAGGAGAAGCAGAACAUCCCAGGAAAAAUUGACAAACUCCUCAACAGUGUGGGCUCAAGAAUGGGCAGCACAGACUCUCUUAGUAAGACCAACAAUGGCUGCUCCUCAGAGAAGUCUAGGAAGUGA